UAAUGGCGGAAACAAUGAAGCGGAGCAGAAACCUCGGUCCUCCUCCUGCUCCUCCUGCUCCUCCUGCUCCUGCUGCUCCUGCUGCUCCUCCUGAGUCCAGAGAAGUGUCCAGCGGCUCGGACUGUCUCCGUGUCCUCCUCAAGCUGCUGGUGCACUUCGGGAACGAGCUCAACUUAGGUGAUGGAGCUUUGAGAAUAGAAGUCAACACCAAUACUGUGAAUCCUCCAUCUUCAGCUGCUGAGGUUUACACCUGUUUGCAGGAGCAUAUCAACAAACUACAGGCCGUUUCAGAAAGCUUAAAGACACUCGUGGAUGCUGAAAGUGAUCGAUCAUCUACAAGAGACAACACUCCAGAUGAUACAGUCACAUCGUUUUCACACAAAGAGCGGACGACUGCGCCGUCUGAGCGCCGGCGUCCUCUCAGCUCGGAGGCCGCGGAGGACAGCGAUACGGCGGCCGAUGACGUCAUGGUGCAGAUCAGAGCCGGGAAGUCAGAGAUUCAGCGAAGAAUAUCUGCAUUUAUGGAACGCAAGCAGAUGGAGAUCAAUGAAAACAAUGUGCGCGAGUUUUGCAACGUGAUCGACUGCAAUCAGGAAAACAGUUGUGCCAGAACCGAUGCAGUGUUCACUCCUUAUCCAGGUUUCAAAAGUCAUGUGAAAGUUAUACGGGUGGUGAACACGUACGGGCCCCAGACUCGCGGUGGGGGAGGCCAAGGCGAGCCGGGGGGGGAGCAGCAGAGGGGGCCCAUGGUGAGAAGCUGUGGAAAUGCAGCGAUAGAGGAACGACUUCACAACAUCGAGAAUCACCUCAAACUGCCGACAGCGGGGCCGGUUCCACUGAGUGUCUACCACAGACUGAAGAAGCUGGAGGAUCGGAUCCUGGAGUUGGAAGGACUCUCGCCCGAGUACUUUCAGUCCACGAGUCACCUGCACAAGCGACCAAAGACGUCCCCUGCUCAGGCCUGCAGUCUGACGGAGCUGGAUGAGAAGAUCAAUGCGGUGAAAGCAGCGCUGCUGAAAAGGGUGAAUGAAUUUGGGCCUGGAUAUGGAACAGAGUGUCCGCUGUAGCGAACACAGAUCGAUGCUCCAAACACAAUUAAUUUGUUAAUGCAUUUAUACAUAUUUCCUGUAUUUUAUUUUCUGUCCCUCAUCGACUCGUCAGCGCUGUCGCUCUUACCGUGAUGCUUCUUUUAUUAAAUCCUGAUAUUUAGUCAAGUUAAGUAAUUUCUUUGUAAAUAAAUGUGUUUUUCUAUAACGAAAA